CGGGCCCUCGUUCCCCGUGGUCUUGAGUUCCGUGCGCUGCGCUCUGUUCUUCCUCGUCUCGGCGGCAGUUUUAGUUCCCUGUCCCGAACGCGGGUCCCCGGAGCUCGGAAUGUUGCCAGAGCUCAAUAACCUGCUCGAUACCACCCCUGACAGGGUGGAGCAGGGGAAACUGACUCUACUCUGUGAUGCUAAGACAGAUGGCAGUUUCCUUGUGCACCACUUUCUCUCCUUCUACCUCAAAGCUAAUUGUAAAGUCUGUUUUGUGGCUCUCGUUCAGUCCUUCAGUCACUACAAUAUUGUGGGACAGAAGCUGGGUGUCAGCCUGACCACGGCACGGGAGCGCGGGCAGCUCGUGUGCCUUGAGGGUCUCAAGUCAUCGGUGGACAUCUUCUUCCAGGCUAAGGAGGAGCCACAUCCCCUGCAGUUCCUCAGGGAGGCCAACGCUGGGAACCUGCAGCUACUGUACGAGUUUGUGCGGGAGGCCCUGAAGCCCAUGGACCAUGGGGAGACUGCCUGGAGGUGCCCAGUGCUGCUGGUGGAUGACCUCAGUGUGCUGCUGAGCCUGGGUGUGGGAGCGGUGGCCGUGCUAGACUUCAUCCAGUAUUGCAGAGCCACGGUGUGCUGCAAGCUACAGGGAAACAUAGUGGCCCUUGUGCACGACAGCGGAGAUGCCGAGGACGAGGAGAAUGACAUCCUGUUGAAUGGCCUUAGUCACCAGAGCCACCUGAUCCUGCGGGCCGAGGGCCUGGCCACCGGCUUCUGCAGGGAUGUGCAUGGGCAGCUGAGGAUCCUGUGGCGGAGACCAUCGCAGCCCCCCGCCCAGCGGGAUCGCAGCCUCACUUACCAGUACAAGAUACAGGACAAGAGCGUGUCCUUUUUCGCCAAAGGAAUGUCUCCCGCUGUUCUGUGACCUGCCUGCGGGGCAGACAAAGCCCCCUUGGGCAGUUUCCCGUGUGGCGGAGGAAGCAGCCAAGCAGGAAUGCACCUGUGCGCCUUUGCAGCCUCAUUUCAGGCUGGACUGCGACCCGGGGAUGGUGGAGUGGAGCUGUGGCGUGUGCCCUUUUCCUGGGCCGUAUUCAGAAAUCACAUGAGGAAUUCGCAACCCUGCCUCUGCCGAGAGAGACGCUGAAGCUGGGUGAAAGGGGUCCUUUGGAGCCUUCCAUGUAAAUACACUUUAGCUCAACUGCCUGUUUCUGGUUGUUGUGCCUUUAGAGCCAGAGUGGGUCUGAACAUGCCAGCCAGGGGACAGUCCUAGAUGGCAGGCAUCCCAGGGGACAGGUAGGGUAAUAAUCAUGGCUGGCAUAACAUGAAUUCCCACAUCGUGGUUGCCUGUGGGUUAUCUCUUUUCAUUUUCACCUCUGUUUUACAAAGGUAUUUUUCCCUAAGUCCAGUGAGGAGACAGGCUUAGCGAGUGUGGAAGCACACUCACCUGUAGAGCAGGCUGAGGGGAAGGAGGCCUGGCUGAAGGCCACGCUGGCUGACUGACCCUCAUGCAAAGGUGAGGCUGGCUCCCCCCUUGGUUCAGGUCCUGGUACCCCUGCAGUGGUCGCCUGAGGCUCCAUGUAGGGUCCAGGUGUGCAUGGCCUUGGUGAGGGUGUAAGAGAUGUUCCUGCUGCCAGGCAGGAUGGGGCCUUGUUGAGGAGCUGGUGCCUCCCUCACCUGGGGAGACCACAGGAGGUGAGCUCUUGCCCCGCCAUCCGGUAGAUGCCAACUCGCCACACUUGGCCCCUCAGCCAGGGUCAUCUCAGCAGACACUAGGCCUAUUCUCUUAAAGUAUUUAAAUUAUAUCACAGUGGAUUUUAUUUUUAAAAUAAAUAAAAUGAAAAAAUAACAGUAGGGGAGUUUCAAUUGUUUUUUAAUUUUAACUUUCUACAUUUUUAGUCUUUGUAAAAGGGGCUGUUUGUCACCCCUCCCCUUCCAUCACACUAUUGCUUUGAUUUUCCCACUGAAAUUGUAGCUGCUUUUUUUCUCAAAAUAUUGCAGUCCUGGUAGAGUAUUUGAAAAUUAUGAGUGUAAGUAACUUAAGAGAAAGUAGUUAUUUAGGAAUCUAAUGGUUCAUUUAUUAAUACUUCAUUAUGUAUACAAGCUUCCUGUGAGUUACAGUUUCGAGUGGGCAGGACACUGCAAAGCAUUCUCCAUGUUGUGAAUGUUGCUAUUAUGUUGCUUCACUUACUCUGUAAAUGUUUUGACUAAAUCUUUAAUAUUUAAUGGCUAUUCUCUGGGCAUAAAGGCUCUGUGUUUGUAAUUUUAAAUCAUGCCGUUAUGAAUUUUAUAUAGUAUACCUGUUUGGGAGUGGGGGCAAGCACUUGUUUCCUUAGAACAGUCAUUCACUCAACAGAUCCUCAGCACCUUCUGAAUGGCAGACUGCUGUAGGUACUAAGGGCAUGACAGUGACAAAAACAGGUGUCUGCCCUCCUGGAGGUCACGUCCCUGUGGAGGAGACAGACAGUCAACAGAAUUGAGAAGUAACAUGUAGAGUUAGAACGUAAGAAGUGCUGUAAAUAAAGCAGGGAGGGGACCUGUGACAAGCGAGGAAGGAUGAGUUUUAGAGUUGGCGCCCUGAAGUGGGACCUCCAAGUUCACCCCUGGGUGUCCUCACCUGUUACCAGGUGUUCUUCAGGAGCCAGUUACCAGUGAUAACAGGUUUUCCUCCAUGAGCGUUGAGUCUUUCUAAUUUUAUAGUUGUGCAGUGUUGUGUGAAAAUGGACACUUAAUGACCAGGAUAUGAUUUUCUGUCUGCAUUUUCCCAUGUGUACAGAAUCUGUUCCUCACUCCCAAUCACUUAUCAAUUAAAAGCUGGUGUCAACCUUAUUUUACUAAUUCCUCAUCAAAGUUUGGAAAGUAAGGUUUCAUCAUUGUCUUUGUUCAUGUAUAUUUUUGUGCACUCUGGUUUUUUAAAACUAGUUUAUCUUCAGAAACAAAAAAAUAUCCAGGUAUGCAUUCAAGAAAUAUUUGUAGAACACGUGUUUUAUAGGAGGGGUUGUAAAGAUAAAGACAAUCCUAACUGCACCUGCUGAGAACAUAGCAGAGAAAACAAACACGGAGAAAACAAACUCGAGUGGUGGGUGGAGAACGUGAGGAGGCCAUAAAAACAAUUCAGGUAACGGGAGGCCCACAGGCUGAUGUUCACAGGACAAAGCAAUGAUUUCCCCCUCACUUUUUUUUUUUUUUGAGUUGAAAGAGCAGAGAAUUGGUUAAGAAUUUAUGACUUGUGGAAACAGUACUGUUUGAACAGGACCUUGCAGUGUUCCUGUUUGUCUCUGAUCGUAUCUUAGUUCUUCAGGAUUCAGAAAUGUCUUUCUUUCUUACUGCAAGGAUGGGGCUGUUCUUUGUUGUUUUUCUUUCCAGCUUAAAAGAAUUUUUAAAGUAUGCCUUCAAUUUUGACUCACUUAGAAUUUGUUCCUGUAUUGUAUGUACUUUGUCUCCUUGCAGAUCAACUUUGAUGCGACUUCUGCGUGGCCUCAGGCAAGUUCAAGCUGGGCACUUUCGUUUUCUCGUGGUUAAAAUGGGGGUUAUCCUAGUUGCAUCUAAAGGCCAUCAGGAGGAUUGUAUAAGGUGACAUACUGUAAAGUCAAUAGUUCAUUAUUAAUGGCUGCUACUAUGACCUGCAGUAACCCUCAUAUUGCCUGUAAGGCUUCGUUUAAAGGUACACACGGGACGAUAACUUCUCUAGCACCAGGAACAUCGCGUAUCCCUGGUCUGUGAUGCACGGUAGGAACUUAAUAAAGGCAUUGAAUGGAUAUCAUUACAACUCGGAGAUUUUAAAUAUUUUUAGCGACUGCAUCAUGGUUAUUAGAAUGGCUACUGUUUUGGGGGGAUCUAGGCAUUUUACUUGUGUUCACAUGGAAUAAAUUUUUUCCUGAAAAUCGCCAA